GGUUGGUCGCGUUUUGGUUUCAGCCCCCAACGAUCGUACUAUAAAUACGACAGCGCGCUUUUAUUGAAAUACACUUGUGAAAAGUUUAGAAUUCGUUAGUUUUUUAAGACUUUUCGAAUAAUGUAGAGCUUGGGUUUCGUUAUAUUUUGUAAUUUGAAUAAAUGUAAAAUAUCAACACAGAUUGUCGUACUUCACUAUCUCCAUGUGCAAAUGUAGGAAUGUGACACUAAAGACACCAAGAACUAGUCCGAAAAUGAAACGAAGACUCCCAAUUGUGAAAGAAGAGAAGAGAAGCCCUAAGAAUAUUUGUAACAGUGAUCUUGCUAUUUAUACGAUGGUGAUAUCAACGGCGGUUUUAAGUUAUGUAAACAGUUUGAACGGUGACUUCGUUCACGACGAUAUACCGGCUAUAGUGACGAACGGUGACGUGGUAGGGAGAGGCAGUAUUAGAGAGUUGUUUUUGAACGACUUCUGGGGCACGGCGAUGGUUGAUCCCAAUAGCCAUAAAUCAUAUCGCCCCUUGACGACGUUAUCAUUUAGGAUAAAUUACGCAUUAACUGGUUUAAAGCCAUGGUGGUGGCACGUUUGCAAUGUUCUGUUGCACGCAGCGUGUUGCGCGUUAGUCGCGCGGGCAUGCGUGACGAUCGCGCGUUUACAAAGACCGUUCGCCGCAUUAGCGGCAUUGCUGUUUGCGGUACAUCCUGUUCAUACCGAAGCGGUAGCCGGUGUGGUAGGCAGGGCGGAUGUACUCGCUUGCAUAUUUUUCCUAUCCUCGCUUCUAGUUUAUCAUAGACCGACGAGUAACAAGAAAUCCGUAUGGUUGAGUAUUAUUUUGGGAGCUCUGAGUAUGCUGGCCAAGGAGACUGGCGUCACAAUCCUGUUGCUCAACCUGGCUAUUGACUUCUACAGAUGUUGGCCAUUCGUAAAAAGAUCAUUAUGUACGUUGAAGUUUGAAAAAAAAUGUUCUGGUCUUUCAAUAAGGACGACAAAAGUGCUUGUAUCACUGGCUCUAUUGGUUUCUCUUCGCCUGGCGUUGCUACAAGGGACAUGGCCAACAUUCUCGCCCCAGGACAAUCCGGCUUCUUUCCACCCGAGCUUUUUCGUAAGGUUGAUGACUUUCUGCUACUUGGCGGCUUUCAAUUGGUGGUUACUACUGUGUCCGUGGUCUCUAAGUCACGAUUGGCAGAUGGGUUCUGUUCCACUCAUCGCUAGUGGAUGGGAUCCCAGAAACUUGUUGACAUGUGCUGCUUUUGGUGCUUUGCUGGUCCUUUGCUAUAGAUGUGUUGCAGAUUUAGACGUACAAAGACAUACGCCUGCUGUUAUUGGCUUACUGUUGCUGGUGGUACCAUUCGUGCCGGCCAGCAACCUACUCGUCACCGUUGGAUUUGUCAUUGCUGAAAGAAUUCUUUACAUACCUAGCGUUGGAAGCGUCAUUAUAACAGCCUACGGUGUGCAACUUAUGUGGUAUUCAAAGCCAGGGACCAAGAUAUGUUUGAUUGUGGGACUUGCGGUGCUCGCUGCUAGCGGUGUGGCAAGAACGUAUAAAAGGAAUGCCGACUGGAAAGAUCGAGCAACAUUACUUAGAGCGGAUUUAGUGACUUUGCCGCAGAAUGCCAAACUGCACUACAACUUUGGCAACUUCCUUCGAGAAACAGAGCAGCAAGACAACGCUAUCAAACAUUACAAAGAAGCUUUGAGGUUAUGGCCGACGUACGCGAGUGCUCACAAUAAUAUUGGCACUCUCAGUAACGCGGAGAACGCAGAACAGCACUUCUUAUCAGCGAUCGCACACAACAGAUACCACGUGAAUGCGCACUACAAUCUGGCGAAACUUUAUAAGAAAGGUGGCCGAAUAAACCAGGCUGUGAGAAUACUCGAGCGCUGUGUGGUACUCCAGCCACGUUUUGUUCAAGCCUACAUUGAAUUGCUGUCCUUGAAGCCGGAACCUGAAAAGGCGAGAAUAUUGGCACGAGUAGUUGAAUUGGAGCCCAAUAAUUGGGAGCAUUACAUUUUAUAUGGAAACUGGUAUAGAAAUAAAGGAUUACCGGGAGCCGCCGCAAAAUAUUUCGUGGAAGCCACAAGACUUAGUUUCAGAAAUAGGAAUGUUGAAAAAGCAAUGAGGGGUGAUUUGAUCUCACUCCGAUCAACGGCGCUUGUAUACAGGAGUCUGGGACAAAAAUCGAGGGUUCUUCAACUUUUAACCAGAUGGCACACUUGGCGUCGUGGUUGGCCGAGUACUGCUGCUGCCCACAUGUACUUACAGGAGUGGCGUCUGAAGAUGGAGCUAGAAGGGCGAGUUCAGAUUUAUUCGAAAGCUGUCAAUCCAACAAAAUCGAAAACCUGUUUCGACCACUCACAACUAGCAGUUGGAUCUCCCGCAUCUAGUGAAGAAAAAAUUUCAAAAUACGAGGAAAGAAUUAAAGAAGAACAAGUUAUAGAUAAUACAGAACUUGCUUUUGAUACAAAAUUAACAGUUGACAGAACGUGUGAUAGAAAAGAAUGUGAGGGUAAACGUGAUCUCUCAGUAUCCACACAAAUAAAGACAACACACAAUAAAUCAGAAAUUGGACACAAAGAAAAAAAGUGUACGCAUAGAAAGGAAAAAAAUGGAAAGAACAUGAUGCGUGAUAUCGCAGCUCCUCUAUCGGAACAUAUUUUAAUGAAGACUUUUUAAAUCUUGUUCAUUGAUCCUGUGUUGACAGUGAUGAGGGAAUCUUACGACUUUAUUUUAUGUGAAGUUAGUUUUAAUACGCUGACAAUAUCGCGAGGUUAAACCGUAUUUAAGGCAAAGUUUUAGUGUAAGGAAUUUUAAAAGGUUGAAAACAUAAAUAUGUUUUCUAUAUUGUAAAUUGGUUGUGAAUCUCAUUGUAACUAAUGACGCAAUAUUUUUUCUAAUUUUCACCAGCUCCGGAUUUCGUUUUCACUAUUUUAAAAACCGAUUAAAAUUUCUUAUGGACUAAGACAUUAGAUAGAAAAUUAAUUUUUAAUGAAAGUUUUGUAGAAAGAUAUGAUGAAAUAUUAUAUUUUUGCCAGAACAUGAAUGACUGUGUAGGGUGUACCACCAAGUUUUUACGCUAGAUUAGUGUUAUAACGUUAAUUGUAAAGGGGUUUCUUGCUGUUGGAAAAUUUCCUGGAAAAAAAAUCUUUUCAUAAAACUAUUAUUUUUAAUACACUAAUACAAUGGGUUUAGAUAUUUGGCGAUGUUUCAGCUAUUUGCAGACGUAAUUUACUAUCAGACUGUACACAGUAUCGAAUCGCUUGGCCUCAAUGCUUCAAAACAAGCACUGUAUAUAACAUUAGGGUGAAACAGCAUCUCUCACGUGAUAGUACACGCAGUAUUAUAUAAUUUAAAUAAAAUAAUCCUAACAGGUCCUAAUUUAUUGACAAUAUAUGUAUAACUAUUCAAAAUAUUAAUGAAAUAUACAGUUAAUAAUAGACAAUUCAAUAAAUGUACAUCUACAUACCUUUAUUAAGCGUAUAAUUGUUAAUGAACAAUAUUUUAUGAUUUAAUUUGGUAUAUCCAUGUAAAUACUACUGUAAGAGUAGACUAAAGGCACUUUAUAAUGCUUUAAAUGUACUGAUAAACAAUAAACCAUGAAAUAAC